AAAAUCGCAGGAAAAAACCCAAGAAGAAGAAGAAGAAGCGUCUUGUGUCGUUUUCAUGGUGUUUGUUAGUCAUUUGUACACCCAAAUUUUGACCGCCCACCUUAAUUUGCAAUAAUUGGGGAUUUUGGAAGCCUCUCCUGACUCCUCCGCUUACCUGGAAAUAUCCCCACCAUCCUCCACGCGCCACGACAGCUUCCAAUUAAUCCCCAAAGUCCCACAUGAACAAAACCAAGAUAAUAACUGUAAAUUACCCAUAUCCCCACUGUCAUUCGAUCUUUCUCUCCCAUUUUUCUCGCGCCCUUUUAUGAUUCGUCCUUACCGAUUUCCAGCUAACUCAAAGAUUGGAUGAUCCGCAGAUCUGUUGUUGCGGUUUCGGUUCAAAAUUUUUUGUUUAAUUAAAUAUUUCCUUCCAUCCGGGGGUUUUUAUUUUUGUUCGAAAGUCGAAACCUUUUGUAUAAUUGUUCAUUCUGGUGUAAAUUAACUUAGGAUAUCUUGUUCGUGAAUUUUUUUGGUUUGAAUUCGAUAAAUAUGACUACCCAAUUUGAUCGGUGGGAAAAAGAUCCGUUCUUUGCCGCUGCCGAAGAGGUCCAGGAAUCUGCCGACAGGAUGGAGUCUACUUAUAGGACAUGGAUUCAUGCUCUCAAGGAUACAGCCGGAAUAUGGAACAAAGAUGAGCUACGCAGGGACCUUCAAACUGCCCUUGGCACUACUAAAUGGCAGUUGGAUGAAUUUGAACGAGCAGUUAGUUCAAGCUACACUAACAAUGCUGCUGAUGAUUCAAAGGAUAGACGCCGGGAUUUUGUUAUUGCAAUUGGGAGUCAGAUUUUAAAGGUUGAAACUUCAUUAAAUGAAUCAACUGCUUCAAAGGGAAAGCCUCCGUUGCCAUGGGUUCGCCUGGAUGAAGGCGAAAGUGAUGAGCUUGCUGCAUUUCUCUCUGGACCGUCAACGUCUUUCACUGGUGACAGAAACUUUGGAAGGCUAAUUGGUAGAGAUCCCCAUGUAUUAAUUAGCUCACAUGAAGCUGAUGAUAAAUUAGAGCCAAAUGGUCCACUAAAUACGUCUCAUCCAAUGGAGUUGAUCCAAGUAGAGGGUAGGGAGGAAAAGUUGGCUGGGCACAGGAGAACAGCUAGUGCUAGUGCUGACAUUGGCUCUUGGAACAUUUCCAUGGCUGAAGACGCUUUACCUCAUAGUUCCGCUGAUGUUCAGGCCGACCCACCCCCUCGGAAAAUACCCAGUGUUUCAGGGUUUUUGAACUCUAUGGAAUUUGGAGCUAAGUUGAAAUUGUCAAAGAAUGGCUACAGGAAAUUGAAGCUUUCUGAUCGUCACAAAGAAUCUGAUACUCCAUUACCACAAACUCAGCCACUGACUAGAGGUAUCAAUUCAUGUUAUGAGAGGAGUAAGAGUUGCCUUGAAGGUUGUGAUGAUUGUUAUGAUAAACAACUUUAUGGCUGGUAUGGAGCCAUCCAAAGACAAAUUCAAAGAUCUCAAUACCAUAUGCAAUAUAGUAGACCUCUACAAGUCAUAUUGUCAACUGUAACCCUUCUAGGUAUUAUAGCUGUUCUGGGCCUAUUUGCUGUCUAAGGAACAAUUCAAGACCUUUUUGGAUAUGAUGAAGGGAUGCAGGGUUUCAGAAUAUGUUAUACCGCCUGGUGAGGCGGUUAGCUGAUUGGGACAGAUACAAAUUUGAUUCUGUCAAUCUAAUCCUUUACCUGAUUAUUGAGAGUUCUGUGUAGCUUUCCUCAUCAUUAGGUUUUCCUGUUAUACCCGCCUAAACCUCAUUCAUUUUGGUAAUUGUUUAGGUAAUAUCUAGUCUAGUGGGUAAAUUUUGUUGUAGAACUGUAUAUUGGGAAUCAUAGGUUUGUGCCACUUUCUAGAUAUUGUACCAUAUGACUAAGCCCAUUUCUUAUGCCCUUUUCUGUGGCAUUGUGGAGCUCCAUUGUAUGUCAUAGUUAUAAAGAAAUUUUCUAUUUCUCAAUUGUAAUGAUAUUGAUAUAGCUCAUGCUUAUUCAUAGGAGGCACUCUUUUACAGGUGGUAAGGUUCUCUUUAUAUUUAUUCUGUGAAUAUUUGGUGUAACGCAAUGUUAAAUACAUUAAAUUAUCUUCUCAUUAGUGGUUUUAGAGUGACAAAGUAGUUCCUUUCACAAUACAUGUUACUGUUCCUUUUCAUAGAACUCCUGAUUUAGUAAUGAACUCCUAAGCACUUCUUAUCUUGCUUAAACUUGUGUUUAUCCAUUUUCUUGUGUGGGGGUUUAUUUGAUAUGUGGCAUUCGUGGUUUUUGGAUGGUUGUAUGUAAUCUAAGCCCGUUUCAACUUGUUUUGAUUCCGAAAUCUGGGUGUCAUACAUGUUCAAUCAAUUGAUGAUGACCAAUUAAAAUCAUGUAUUAAUGAAAAGAUAACGACUUGGUUUAUGUCCUUGGCUUGUUGCAACUUCUUUUAAGGAGCUGAAACCAGGAAAAUGUUUUUUUUUUCCUUUUUGUAUGCCUGCUGUGUUUGGAUGGUGACUGUAUGUAGAAAUUUAUGGAAUCUCUGGAUGUGUUGACUGGAUUGAAGGACUUGUUUUUAUCUGAAGCUGAAAUUCGUUUUAGUAGCUUUUAAUUUACUUAGAGAUUUGGUUUUUAUCUUUACGGGGCCUAGAAGUUCUCAAGUUCUAAAAGUUUGAAUUUACGGAGACAGGUAAGAAGUUUGUUCCCAUUCUUUUGAGCUAUAAGCGGAAGUGGAAUGCCUGAGAUUUAUCUGAAGUGUGGCAGCUGGUAACUUCAAGCUUGAAGUGGAGUUCUUUGACUUCUUUCUCAGUGGGAUUUACAAUGUGGGGUUAAAAAUUGACAGUGAACAUUGCCAUUUAUAGAAACUUCUACAUGCUACUACUGAAGGGGUUUAAAGUUGCUUUCUUGAUUUCAGUUGAUAAUUCAAUGGCUGCUGUUUCUUCGUUUUUUUUUUUGUGUGGAAGUGUGGAUAUGUUCUUUCCCUGUAACUUUUAGUUUGAGAUGCAACUUCAACCGAGGGUUCCUUUGAUGUCCUCAUUGAAGGGGAGAAGAUCUUUACUGGAACAUGGAUAAAACUACUUUAGUCCUUGGCCAGAGAUGCAAGAUCAAAAUUGGCCGUCAGCGUGGAUUCAGCCAAUUCUUCUGAACCGCAUAAGCAUGGUGAAAUUCAACAAGCUACAGAGUACAGAUGUUUCUGUAGUGCCUGCAAACCUCAGAUUUCUACGAGUAUGCUGCUAGAAGUUGGAUUCAGCGGUAAACCAGAAGGAACAGAGUACUGUAUGAAAUGGAAAUAAUCAGGUCCGGUUCACAAGGAUUGCUCAUUUCAUGGGAGUUUUGAAGUUGAAUAAUGAGAUGAGACACCCCAAUUCAUGUACUCACUAUAGCUAAAAAAAAAAAUUGUUAUAUUUUAUAAAUGCAUAUGUUGUGUGAAAUAAACUUGAUCAAAAGUUGAAUCUUCCAGAAGCAUAAUAAGCACAUAAACUCGCCAAUUAUUCAUAGGUAGAUUAACUCUUUGCUGAGGAUUAAAACUCCCUAAUAGGCUUUGAUUACAUAUAAGUAAAAAAGGCAGUAGAAAUUCCAGAGACCAAAUGAUAAGGUAAUUAAAGAGGAAACCUCUUUGAGUCCAUCACUCAAAUCAAGCACUGAUAAGUAAAGUAGGAGAGUGCAAUUGCCAGUGGAAUGAAAUACUCCAAAAACACUGCGUAUUUCGGUGGUGGAUCUUCCUUAAUCAACACAGCUUUCAUCCCUUUAGCCUUCUUGGGAUUACCUUUUUUGCCUUCUCCAUCAGCUUCAACAUCCUCUUGGGCAAAUUUGUAUCCUUCCAAACGCCCAACUUGGCAUUUCAAGAGUAAAGCUUGAGCUGCUUUUCCAUGUCCAAUGGCCUCAUAUUCCUCCGUUGCAUCCUUUCCAGCUUGUUCAAUCAAGACCUCUUCUCCUCCAGGGUGUUCUCCCAUGAACUUCGUCACGUUUAUCACCUGUAAAUCGAAAAUGCACUUUGUUAUAUUCGAAUGCUCCUCAUUUUUCACACUAUUACUGAGCAUCCAUUCAUGCUCAAAGAAAUGUCUAUGAUCAGUAUCUAUCUGGAAGUAUUACUUACUCUGCCUUUGAUGACAAGCCAGCAGUCUUGCUUAGUUUCGUGUUGCGCUACCUGAGAUAGUGUAAAAACUCUAUCUUUCUCCAUUGCUUCAGACUCUUUCAAUAACUCAGAGCUGCAAGUCUAGUGGGCUAUUUGUGUUUUGGCUUUUGAGACUGAACUCGAAAUGGAAUACUUAUAGGUAGCCAAUGAUGGCUUACAUCACAUACACAACAGAGGCAGAGAGAUAUCUUUGGAUGGUGUAACGACAUUCCUCGUGAAGUCAUGCUGCAUCAAAUUUUUUUGGUUGGGUGCUUUGAAUGGUUGUUGCAGACUUUUAGGAGUGGAGCUCGUAGGAAAGAUCAUACACGGAUAUGGCUUUAAAUGGAAUUUGAUUCUCUACCCUUUCGAGUUUAGACUUUAAUGUCGCCAAUUUUGUGCAUGAAACUAAGAAGUGAUCUUUCAGGGUUAAGACUAAAAGAAAGUUACUGAGGGGUUACGAGCUAAGAUGUUGCAGACGAUGAUGUCUAAGUUUUUAGAUAUGUAUUCCACAAAAUACAGUCCCAAAUACAUCAAUACAACCAUCAUCAUCGUCAUCAUCAUCAUCCUCAUUAUUAUACUCCCUCCGUCCCAUAAUUAUUGUCCAGUUUGAGUUUUCAUUUUUA